AUGUAUGAAAUACCAAUAGGAAUAGCUGGUGGUGACAGAAGCAGCAGCAGUUUUGGGAGCUCCCAAGCAAGAAAUGGUGGAGGACCUCAAAUCCGGAGGUAUGGGAAAGGCAGGGAGGAAAAAAUGGCAACGGCUCAAAAAGAAUACUUACAACUGCUUCUUGAGAUGUAUCUUGAAGAUAAAAACAACAAGCAAAUUGAAGAGAAAUUGAAACAAUUAAUAGAAGACCCAGAAAGUGAUGUAGAAAAGAACAUUGAUGAAAUGGCAAAAGCAAAUACUGAACUAAAGAUUGAAAUUAAAAAAGCUGAAAUGGAGUUGCAACAACCUUCAUCUUACCUGGUUAAAAGGAAUAUUCCUACAGAGAAAAUGAAGUUCCCAUCGGUGAAGAGCCCAGAGGAUGACAGUCAGUAUUUAAAUAUCUCCUGUUCAUUUCAAGUAACUACACAAUUUGAAUAUGAAUUGAAAAGAGGGCAAGCUCUUAUCAACUUUGAAGAUGAACAAAUUGCCCAGAAUGUGAUAAAAAGAGGAAAACAUCAUGUGACAUUUGACAAAGAGGAGAUGAAAUUGAUGGCCAAACCUGUCCCACCAAAAACAGGCUUAAUUUUUCAGGUUCUUUCAAAGAUUUCUAAGAAAAAGAUUAAUGUUGCUGGAAUACCUAAUGAAUUACCUGAAGAACAGAUGAGAGACAAAUUAGCACUGAGUUUCAGUAAAUCCCAGAAUGGGGGUGGAGAAAUAGAACAAGUAGAGUAUAAUAUAAAUACCCAAACAGCAGUUAUUACAUUUCUUCAAAAUGGAGUUGCUGAUAAUAUUCUCAAGCACAAGAAAUAUCCUCUUUAUUCAAAUACCAGCUGCUAUCAGGCUGUUGUUUCCCCGCAUAUGGAAAAACAUGUCAAGAAGCUACAGAUAUUUUCAGAAAUUUCUAAGAGGACUGUUCUUGUUACAGGAUUUAGAAAUAUUCAAGAUGAUGAAGAAGGUAUAGAAGAGGACAUUUUUAUUCAUUUUCAGAAAGGGUCAAAUGGAGGAGGGGAUGUAGAUUUUGUCAAAUGUGCCUUCAAAAAACCUCAAAUAUCAUAUUUUGAGGCUAAUUUAGAUGAGGGAUUCUUAACCUGGGCACCAUGA